CGCGAGAUCUGCCCGCGCGAACAGCGCCUUUCCCCACCCAUCCCACCCAAAUGUGCGUUUGCGCCUGCGCUGGACUAAGCACUUUGGCGCCAAAAAGUUCAAAACUUUCCGCUUGGUUAUGGCCAGCCAAACUUGGCCCUCGAGAAAGGAACAUGGGACACCUGCACAAGCAUUGGAUUUUGUCCUGCAACAUUUUAGAGGACCCCUUGGAAGUUUUUACUUGGCCUAGUCUGAAGACCUGUUCUACCGGACUGAACACUCUAAGUAAACUCUGGUUGAUGACAAGGGAAGCAGAAAUAAAGGAACUUCAAGAAUGGCUUCCAAAACAGUAGCCUGGAUUCGAAGCCUGUUGUUUUGAUGCACAUUCCUAGUUUGAAUUUCAGAAGGAAGCCGGCCGCGAGCCAAGGGAAAGGCAGAAGACAGAUAUGAAUGUGUUCCCAAGCUUUCCUGGUGGCUUAUGGCAUUCUCCAAACUCCCAUGCAAGGGCUCUUGCUGACCAAGAAGACCCACGGAGACUGGCUCUAAGAUCAAGUCCGGAUGGAGAACUAAGAGGAAAAAAAUGAAUAUGGUUUUUGCUCACAGGAUGGAGAACAGCAAGCCGCCUGUGGUUAUCCCGACACUCCUGGUGCCCCUCCACAACCACAGCUUCCCUGACACGGCCACCCCUCUGCCGAGCCACGACCUGGCGGAAUCACACGAGGAGCACAGCUGGAGGAGCAACAGGACAGACCUGCAGUAUGGACUGAAACCCGGGGAAGUGGCCACGGCCAGCGUUCUGUUUGGGGCCCUGUGGCUGCUUUCUGUCUUUGGCAACUCCCUGGUCUGUCUGGUCAUCCACAGGAGCCGAAGGACCCAGUCCACCACCAACUACUUUGUGGUCUCCAUGGCGUGUGCCGAUCUCCUCAUCAGCGCCGCCAGCUCGCCUUUCGUCCUGCUGCAGUUCACCGCCGGGAAGUGGACGCUGGGCAGCGCCCUGUGCAAGAUGGUGCGCUACGUGCAGCAUCUCACCCCGGGCGUCCAGAUCUACGUCCUUCUCUCCAUCUGCAUUGACCGGUUCUACACCAUCGUCUAUCCCCUGAGCUUCAAGGUGUCCAGGGAGAAAGCCAAGAAAAUGAUUGCAGCGUCAUGGAUCUUCAACGCAGCCUUUGUGACCCCCGCGUUUUUUUUCUACGGCGCCAGCUGGGACCACCAUUGUAACUAUUUCCUCCCUUCCUCGUGGGAGGGGACUGCCUACGCUGUCAUCCAUUUCUUGGUGGGCUUUGUGAUCCCAUCUGUCCUCAUAAUCUUGUUUUACCAGAAGGUCGUAAAGUAUAUCUGGAGAAUAGGCACUGAUGGCCGAACUGUGAGGAGGACAAUGAACAUUGUCCCGAGGACAAAAGUGAAGACGGUCAAGAUGUUCCUCAUUUUGAACCUAUUGUUUCUGCUCUCCUGGCUGCCUUUUCAUGUGGUCCAGCUGUGGCACCCCGAGGAACAAGACUAUAAGAAAAGUUCCCUUGUGUUCGCAGCCAUCACGUGCAUAUCCUUUAGUUCUUCAGCCUCUAAGCCUACUCUGUAUUCCAUUUAUAAUGCUAGUUUCAGGAGAGGAAUGAAAGAGACCUUUUGCAUGUCCUCGAUGAAGUGUUACCGCAGCAAUGCCUAUACUAUCACCACCAGUUCGAGGAUGGCCAAAAAAAACUAUGUGGGAAUUUCAGAAAUCCCUCCCGUGGCCAAAACGAUAACCAAAGACUCAAUCUAUGAUUCCUUUGACAGAGAAGCCAAGGAAAAGAAACUUGCUUGGCCCAUUAACUCAAAUCCACCAAACACUUUUGUCUAAAAUCUCAGAAUUCUUUCGAUUAUUGUUAUGCGCCAGAGAUUAAAAACUUUAACUAUACAAACGGAAGCUAUUUAUAUAUUUUUUCAAUCAAGUUUCUGAGGGAAAUGUUUUCUUUCGUAAAGUGUAUUCAUUUAUUGAUGAUUCUUUUAAUUUUAGUUACUGUUUCACCUUGAGCUCCUUUUACUAUACUAGUGACAUACACAAAAAAGAGAAUGUUUCUACUUUUAAUUUACCGUUAUAUUCGAAAAGCGUAAAUCAUACAUACAGUCUUUGAUUAAUGAAUCAACCUAGUGUUAUUGUUUCCUUUUUGUCCUUCCUACUGAAAUGCUGUAACUAUGGGCUUCUGUUUUAAAUGGAAUCCUCCCUGUCACACAAUUCAGAGGCUUGUAUUUUUUUUUUAUUAAAGACCAUUUAGGAAGUGUUAA